UCCAUUUUUUCUUUUUUUUUUUUUUGUUCAGGGGCAAAUACGCAACGGUGAGAAGAUGCCGAGAGAGAUCGAGCGGAAGGCAGUGGGCCGCAAAGUUUCUAAGGAAGAGACGACGAGCUCAGGAAUUGAGGGCGGAGGCACUUCACGAGGUCGCGGUGCUGGAUGCCGCUGCUCACUGUUCUCGCCUCGUUUCCCUCCACCAGGUCUUCGAGACCAAUACCGAGAUGGUUCUCGUCUUGGAACUGGCACCUGGUGGCGAAUUGCAAAUGAUAUUGGAUAGAGACGAAGUCCCAGAAGAACGGCAGGUUGCGAGAUUGUUGAAGCAGAUUUUAGAUGGUAUUGCCUUCCUGCAUUCUCUCAACGUAGCACACUUGGACAUAAAGCCACAAAAUCUGGUACUAACCGGCGAUUUUCCCGACUGUGACGUAAAACUCUGCGAUUUUGGUAUAUCGCGAUACAUCAGCCACGGUGCGGAUAUACGUGAGAUUUUGGGCACGCCCGAUUAUGUUGCCCCAGAAGUCCUGAAUUACGAGCCGAUCAGUCUGGCAACCGACAUGUGGUCGGUCGGAGUUCUACUCUACGUUCUGUUAACGGGAUGCUCCCCUUUUGGCGGCGAUACCAAGCAGGAAACCUUUUGUAACAUCAGUAGAUGUCGCUUAGAUUUUCCGGACGAUCUCUUCGAGGACGUAUCAGAGGAGGCGCGAGAUCUCAUGCGCAAACUCAUGGUCAAGGAUCCAAGCGAACGACUGACAGUAACGGAGUGUCUUAAGCAUGCAUGGUUCGCCAUGUUUGAUGAUCCAAUGCCACCAUUAUCCUCUUCAUUACCCCCGAUGGAAGACUCCAGUUUAAAAUCGAAGACGAUCUCGCAGCCAGAAGAAGAAGAGAAAAAACAACAACACAACAAUAAAUCAUCGACGGAAGAAACGAAAACGACGAUCCCACCUUCGGCUCCAAAAUGCUGCGAAACCGAGAGCGCACAUAUGCGAACAUCGAACCUUGCCAAUCAAAAUGAAGUAAAAACGAUGACCACCCGAGCUGUCUCUUCACACACAGAAAAUAUUUAUUCAACUUCUAAAUCUAGCCCUAAGCCUAUGAGGUUCGGUUUGAGUCCUGACCGUAGGGACACUUUUAAACGUAAUAUGGAAUCGCUGGCUCAAAAAUUUUCGAGCACGGAGAUCGUCAUUAUUGAAUCAUCCUGCGCGAACAGUAAAAACAUAACGACAUCCUCGACGACGAUAACGACGAGUUCAACAAUUAUGUCCGGAAACGUAAGCACGCAGAGAAGAGCGACGGCUACUCACACGAUGCCAGCCGGUGAAGUAUUCAAAUGUACGCCGGUAUUCAUUCUUGGCGAGGAACAACAAUGUAGCGACGGUGGUAGCGACACCGUAUCGGAAAUUUCGACGGACAGUUCGAGCGAUCGGAGUAGCAUUUAUUCCGACGACUCGUUGGAUUUUAUUCUCUAUGGGAAAACUCAGGGAGGUGGUAGGGCGAGUUUUCCCUUCGCAGUUGGUGCCGACCCUACGUCCGACAGAUGGGAACAGAAACACCACCAUCACCACAAUCCACGAGCCUGGCCUAGGGAAUGCAAUGGUGUUGUUAGCAAAGCACUCAGUCGUUUCACAUCCGAGACGUCAAACAAGUCCUCAAAGUUGUCCACGACGGUACCACCGGUAGUUCGUGGUAAGACCAGCUUGGAAGCUCUCAGGGAGAGGGGUGGCAAUCUGGUCGUCAUAAGGGAACCCGUCAGAGCGGGUAGAUAUACGAGGUACAGCGAGGUUCAGUGCGAAUCAGUGCAGGCACGGAUUCGACGUUUCCAAGUACAUGGAGCGUCCUAAAAAAAAUCUUCCUCGGUAUCUUUAAAGGGAACACUUGGAAGGCGUCUAUACUUGAUGGUCAUCGCCGUUACAUUUUCGGAUAAUGAUCCGUGAUAGAGACUGAUGCUUUUCUUUGUACAUAGAUGACGUUAAUCGUGUACAGUUAGGGUCGACCAUGCCUCUUUGCAAAAGAGUUAGAUAGAUAGAUAGAGAGAGAGAGAGAGAGAGAGGAGAGAGAGAAAGAGAGAGAAAGAGAAUGUUAUGUGAUAGCGAGAUGAAAAAGAGGGCAAAGGAGAGAAGAGGUAUGAUGGAAAAACAUGUAUUAAUGCGAACAAAUGGCUGUUGUAUAUAUAUAAGUGAGAUGUAUUAGGUGCGUAUGAUGACAUGCAUGUCGUUUUGUUCUCUCAUAUUUUUUUCUUUUUUCUCCUUUUUUUUUCCUUUUUUUUCCUUUUUUCUCUUUUUUUUCUUCUUCCUCUUCAAGUAUUAUUACCAGGAGGUGAUCUACACAUUUUCGGUGGUACAUCAUGUAUACGUAGAUACACACAAUGCGUAUGGUCGAGAUAAAAGAACGUUGUACGGCAGAGAUAACGAGGCUUUUACGGCAUGAUGUAAAUAAUAGGAAGGAGAAAAGAUAAGAGGAUGUAAAGUUAGAUAUAAAGGAAGGGAGUAUGUAUAGGGAUACGCAGACAACUCGUUAUCUGCCGUUUUGAAAAGAAAAGGGACAAACUUUCGUGGCGAAAAAAAAGAGUGCUUUACGAGCAUCGAUUUAAAAAUACGAAAACAGUGCUGUCCUUCGAAUUUUCAUUCGUUAAUGAUCAGCUUGUAGUGACAACAAGCAUAUUGAAUAUGUCACCGAUGUGGUUGUGUUGUGUAAUAUAUAUAUAUAUAAGAAAAAAGUGUUCAGCGUCUUCUUCGACAAAUCUUACGUACGUCGUCGUAGCUCUAUUUCAGUAACUUUGGUGCCUUCGUAAUAAGCGUUUAUAAGAGAAGACAAACUCGCAUAUGUAUGAUUUAUGUACAUACAUACAUACAUUCAUUCGCAUGUAUAUAUAUAUAUAUAUAUAUAUAUAUAUAUAUAUAUAUAUAUAUAAAUACACAAACGAUUGUAGUACCUACUCCUUCGCGUAAGUUUGCCCCAUAUGGCGCAAAUACGAAUAUACAAAUAUAACAAGAGUCACGAGCGAGAAAAAACUUUACUCGUUUGGACAGUGCCUUAAUCGCGCGCAAGAAAAAAAAACCUUUUUUACAGGGUAGCUCGUCGAUCGUGCGAAAUUGAGACAAACUUUUAAACGUCUCUAAUUAUUGUCUUUCCUUGACGUCGAAAGAAAGGAAGAGGAAUUUUUAAACAAUAAUUAAAAAUAGAAAAGAAAAGAAAAAAGAAAGUAAGAAAAAGAAAGAGAAAAAAAUAAAGAAAAAAGAAAGAUGAUUUUUGAAUCGAAAAUUUCAAAGAAAUAAAUCAAUUAUUAUUCGUUGUUAAUAUUUUAAAAAAGUUAAUUAGAAUGUUUGAAAUAUAUAUUUAAUUUUUUUCUCUCUCAAUGCCAUCUCCUCUUUCGAUAUUGCUAAUAACAAAACUGCCUAAUCGACGAUCCAAGAUUAUAGAUAUCAAGGUUCGAUCGUUGAUCAUGUGCAUCUGGAUAAAAUGUGGAUAUAAAAAAAAAAUAUUAAAUAAAUUACUUUCGCUGAUGAACCAGAGAGAAUAUUCGACGGAUUUCAAAAUUAAACGACGAGGAGUACUACAGAAACGACUAGUUCGUAUUCGCGUCUCACGUUCAGCGUACGAAUGAAUUAUAUACAAGAUAUGCCCAAGAUGGUGGGUGGUUUUCUUUUUUCUUUUUUUUCCCUUUUUUUUCUUCUUUUUUUAAAUGAAACAUCGAUCUUAUAUCUAUCCACGUUUAGCGACUAAACUUGAGAUACGAAUGCGGAUCGAAAUCUCUUGCGUUGGAGAGGAUGUAUCGUUGGUAUUGUAAUAUUUUCUAAGACGUAUAUAUAUUAUGUAAAUUUCUUGUGGUAAGAUCGCGAAGGAUCAUGAAGAAAGCGGAGUGACCAAUGGGGGAAUACAAAAAAUGAAAGGAGGAAUUAAAAAAUAUUAAUUAAAAAUAAAAAAGAAAAAA